AUGGCGGAGAAUCAUCGCGCUGAAGCCGUCGAGGGCCUCUCGUUCUUCGCGCCCAAGCAUGCACAGUCACCAGGCACACCUGCUUCUCCCGAUGACAAAGUGCCUACCCUCUUUGCACCACUCACCAUACGAGGAUCGACCUUGAAGAAUCGAAUCGUCGUCGCUCCCAUGUGCCAGUACUCUUGCGCGGAGGCCGGACCGUCCGUCGGCGCACUGACUCCGUAUCACGUCGCCACGCUGGGCCAUUACGCACUCAAGGGAGCAGCGCUCGUUUUCAUCGAAGCGUCAGGCGUUCAGCCCAACGGCCGCAUUUCCCCUCACUGUCCUGGUAUUUGGAGCGACAGUCAAAUCCCCGGCAUCUCGAACGUCGCGGAGAUCUGUCACAGCCAGGGCGCUCUAGUUGGAUUGCAGCUGGCGCAUGCCGGGCGAAAGGGUAGUACAGCAGCCCAAUACGUCUGCGCCAGUCAUCGUAAGCCAAGUCUUCGAGCGUCGAAGGAGGCUGGUGGCUGGCCUGAAAAUGUCGUUGGCCCCUCUGGCGGCGACGAGCACAGCUGGGACGGCAAGCGUGACGAUGAUCCUGAGGGGGGAUUCUAUGCUCCACGAGCUCUGAGUGAGUCAGAGAUACAAGAUCUGGUCAAAGAUUGGGCGCAAGCAGCAAAACGUGCCGUCCGGGCAGGGGUGGACGUGAUCGAGAUUCAUGGUGCACAUGGAUAUUUAAUCCAUCAAUUCUUGAGUCCUGUUACCAAUCGCCGAACCGAUAAAUAUGGAGGAUCGUUCGAGAAUCGAACGCGCAUUCUCAUUGAGGUCAUCAAGGCGGUCCGAGCUGCAAUUCCAGACGAAACUCCUCUGUUCCUUCGGCUGAGUGCAACAGAAUGGCUGGAGGACACCGACCUCGCCAAGCAGUAUGGCAGCUGGGAUCUCGAGAGCACGAUCCAGCUCGCGAAGAUUGUGGCAGAUCUCGGCAUUGAUCUUCUCGACGUUUCCAGUGGUGGCAACCACCCUCAACAGCAGGCCAAUCUGUUCAGCAAUCUCAAAUCUGGUUCAUUGGAUUAUCAGACGAAGCUCGCUGCACAGAUUCGACGAGAAUUACGCGCCGCCAACAAGAAUAUGCUGAUCGGUGCCGUCGGUCUAAUCACCGAGGCGGAUCAGGCUCGAGAUCUCCUUGAGCCCGCCAGCGUGACCAUCAGCGAGGAAGCAGCGGCCGCCAAGCAAAUCACCGACACGACCGAAGGCAAAGAGCCGUCUGCUGACCUCAUCCUGGUUGCGCGACAGUUUAUGAGAGAGCCAGAGUGGGUAUUGAAAGUCGCAUGGAAGCUGGGAGUGGACAUUGCUUGGCCCAGUCAAUUCCUUCGUGUACGUUUCCCAAAAUUGUGA